AUGGCGCAUGGAUGUAUUGCUAUGGUGACGUAAAAACAGAGCGGUGGUUCGAUCUGACGUCCUGUUGUGGUCCUUCAGCGCCAUCUCUCGGUAACAUCGCCGUCCAUCAGGCGCUUUAGCUAUACCAACCCGCCUCUGUUUUGUUUCUAGCAGAGAGCUCCAUCCAUCAUGGCGAUGCAUGCGAAGGCGACUCCACCACAGAUCCCGGACACCCGCCGGGAGCUCGCCGAACUGGUGAAGAGGAAACAAGAACUCGCUGAGACACUGGUAAACUUGGAAAGACAAAUAUAUGCAUUUGAAGGCAGCUACCUAGAAGACACCCAGAUGUAUGGCAACAUCAUCAGGGGAUGGGACCGAUACCUCACCAACCAAAAGAACUCCAAUAGUAAGACUGAUAGAAGGAAUAGGAAAUUCAAGGAAGCAGAGCGUUUAUUCAGCAAGUCAUCUGUAACAUCAGUUGCAGCAGUAUGUGCACUCGGUGGGAUACCUGAUCACAUGAAUGAAAAACGUGAGGCAGGUAGCGGCACGGAAAGCGACGCCUCUCCAGAUCUCCAGAACCAAGAGAAUGAGCCUAGCCAGGAGGACACAGAAGAUGUGGACUCAACGCUGCAGGACCUAAAGCCUCAGAAAGCUGCCUCCUCCUCCUCCUCAGGCAGCCAUCACGGGAGCCACAAGAAAAGGAAGAACAAAAACAGACACAGUCCUUCUGCCAUGUUUGAUUAUGACUUUGAAUUUGACAUGAAGGUUAACAAGAAACCCAGAGCUGACUAUUCAACUUAACAAAGACCACUGGAACACCUGGACACACAUGCAGAGGAUACCUGUAGAGAAACAUAAGAUUUUUUGGACUUUAUGAACUUUGUAUGCCUUUUUUUUUUUCCUCUCUCGGUUGUCAUAUUUCAGCCUGUACUGUAUGUAUUGCUUGAAACAUUCCCCCCCUGCCACCUACCUUUGGUCAUGGUUAAGGUUUUGACCUACCAAGUAUGUAGAAAUAUGGUGUUGCAUGUUACUUUAGGCCUGAUGAGGCCCACCUCCAGUAACACACCAUUUUGUAUAGUGUUAAAAAAAAAAAAUUGUAUUUAUUAUGUAGUUAAUUUCCCAUUGUAAGAAGGUUAUGCUUUUUUUCUCUUAGUGUCACAUAAUCGUAUAACCCCUGAAUACCCCGGGUUCUUUUAUUACAUGGUUUACACAGUUUUGGAUAAAAUAAAAUACGUGAAUAUGUU